CACAUCUAGAUUUCACAUGUGUGAGGCCACUAGAGGAUUUUUGGGGAAACAAUCUUUUUUUGGCACGCUCGGUGGGACCUCACCGUGUCGUACUUACAGUUUUCAGAUCCAUUCUUUUUUCCAAGAAAAAGUGUAGUUAUGCCACCAAAAAGAAACAUUGGGAAAGCUGCCCAGACUUUACAGAUUGGGCUUGGUGAAGGCAGUCCAACACACUCAGAAGGAGAGAAUGAGCCAAUCAUUCCACCACCAUUGUCACCAAUACUUGGGGAGCACUCUUUUGUCAAUUCUACCUUCAACAAGGAUAGUGAAUCUGGAGAUGAUCGUCUUGGAGAAACAUAUGAGGCAUUUCUUGCUAGAUUUUGGAAGGCCAGACUUAAGUGCAGAGUUGCCUUGCCAAAACAAGAAUUUGUCAAGCUGGCACAAAAUGGUCUAGACAUUGAGCUGAGGAAAAAGUUUGAGGGAAUGGAGUUUCGUGAUUUCUUUAAGUUGUCUUACAAGGUGGCUCGUUAUGAAAAUUUAUUGCAAAAGGACACACAAAGGAAAUCUGCAUCUCAUGGGACUUACUAUGGUGAUGCUAACUUUGAUCUGGACAUGGCAGAAGUGGUGGCAGACAAGCCAGUUGUUUGCCUAGAUUUGAUUAAAGUGCAAAUUUCAGGAGCAUUGCCAGAGACAACUCAGCCAUACACUAGGUGCAACCUUGCAGCUGAUGAUUUGAGGUGGGUCAUUGAGGAGGCAAGGGCCCGUAGAAAUCAGAAUUCUCCAGAAAAGGAGGAACCACCUAAAAGUCCAACACCGCCUCGAGUUUUGGCUGUGAAAUCAAAUGAAGAAACCGAUUUAAAAGCGAAGAUUGACAUGUUAGCUAAAGAGGAAACUUCAUCAGAUGUAAUUCAUUUUGAUCCAAUUGAGGAGGAAGAAGUCAUUGAGAUCCCAACUAAAGAAGAUGGAGAUUUGGAUUCAACAAAUAAAAUUAUUUUUGAAAAACCAGAAGAGAGAAUGGCCAGACAUAUCAGGCCAUUAUACAUUCAUGCACAUCUGGAUGGUAUGCCAAUAAGCCGAGUUCUGGUUGAUAAUGGAGCAGCUGUGAAUGUUUUGCCAACUUGUAUGUUGCACAAAAUUGGCAAAUCUUUGGGUGACUUAAUGGAGAUAGAAGUGACAAUCAGUGACUUUACUGGUGGGAAAUUGAUAUUUUGGAAUGGUGGUAGAAUUGAGGUUGUGACAGCAGAUGACAAGCCUUUUGUGGCAAAUACCAAUGCAGUGGAAGCUCGUUAUUAUGGUGAAGAUAUUGGGACUAUCCGUUUCUUUGGGAUGGACUGUUAUGGCAGACCUUCUGGAAUUACUACCUGCACUAGAUCUACAUUAGACAGAUUGACUGUGAAAGAGGUCAUGACAGAAAUUUGGUGGAGCAUAGAUUACCCAUUAGAGAAGACUUUAAACCUUUUCAAGCAGUCGCCUAGAAGAAUGUCUCCAAAAGUCACUUUGAAAGUUAAAGAAGAAAUAGAGCAGCUACUAAAGGUUAGUUUCAUCAGAAUCUCUAGAUAUGUGGAGUGGUUAUCUAACAUGGUCCCCAUGAUUUGCUGGUGGAUGGCGCAGCAUGUCAUCGAAUUCUGUCAUUUAUGGAUGGCCACAGUGGUAAUGCCAUUUGGUUUAAAAAAUGCGGGUGCAACUUAUCAAAGAGCCAUGAACGCCAUCUUUCAUGACAUGAUUGGCCGUUUUAUGGAGAUUUAUAUUGAUGAUGUGAUUGUGAAGUCUAAUGAGGUUGAGGAGCAUCUGGUGCAUUUAAAGUUGGCUUUUGAAAGAAUGAUGAAGCAUGGUCUGAAGAUGAAUCCUUUAAAAUGUGCAUUUGGCAUUUCUAUUGGAAAUUUUCUAGGAUAUCUGGCGCAUGAGCGAGGUCUGGAAGUAGAUCAAAAUAAGGAAAGACAAGAAUGUGAUAAAGUACAUGUUGUCUCGACCACUAUUGAGAGGCAGAAUUGGAAAAUGGGUUAUGGCUUUGUCAAAAUUCAACCUGAAGUACAUGCCUCAAGGCAAGCCUUGGCAGAUUUCCUAGUAGAUCAUCCGUGCUUGGAAGUAGAAGUGGAUGAGGAAAAAGGUAUUGAUUUAUUUUCCAUAAAUCUAGUUCCAUGGAAGCUUAUCUUUGAUGGAUCUAGCACAGAUUCCAUGUCUAGAGCAGGAAUUGUUAUUAUUUCUCCAGCUGGUUUGAAAACCCAGAUGUCAUUUCAGCUAGAUUUUAAUUGCACCAACAACCAAGCUAAAUAUGAGGCAUUGAUUAUUGGGUUAGAAGUGUUGGUAGAACUCAAGCUCUUGGAGGAAUUUGAUGAUGUAAUCUUGAGGCAUGUCACACGAGAUCUGAACACAAAAGCAAAUGAGAUGGCACAAAUCGCCUCGGGCUUAAAAAUCCCAAAAGGCGUGUUGAGCAGAAUUGUUGUUAAAAGAGGGCAUGAUGAAUUACUUUUGCGCUGUCUUGGUCUAGAUGAGUAUUGCCAAAUUAUGUUAGAUGUGAAUAACGGGAUUUGUGGUGCACAUCAGGUUGGAAUUAAAAUGCGUUGCUUGAUCUGUGGACAUGGAUUCUUUUGGCCAUCAAUUUUGAAAGAUUGCAUCAGUUAUGCCAAAGGUUGCAAAGCCUGCCAAAUUCAUGGACCACUGCAGAAAGUUCCAACAUCGAAACUCCAUCCAAUUAUCAAACCACGGCCAUUUCGAGGAUGGGCCAUAAAUCUUAUUGGUAAAGUUUAUCCUCCUUCAAGUAGACAGCAUUCUUUUAUUAUUGUUGCUACAGAUUACUUUACCAAAUGGGUGGAAGCAAAGCCAAUGAAGAAGGUUGACCAGACUGAUAUUAUUAAAUUUCUUAAGGAAGAUAUCAUUCACAAAUUCGGUCUGCCAGAAACAGUAACAUCAGAUCAGGAGACAGUUUUUGUUGGUGCACAAGUCGAGGUGUUUGCAAAAGAAAUGGGUUUUCGAUUACUCACUUCAACCCUUCAUUAUGCUCAAGCCAAUGGUCAAGCUGAAGCUUCCAACAGAAUUGUGAUAAAUCUGCUUGAAAAAAUGGUUGAUGAUAAUCCAAGGCGUUGGCAUGAGCUGUUAUCUGACACAAUCUGGGCUUACAGAACUUCACAAAGGAGUUCUACCAAGGUAACUCCUUUCUCUUUAACUUAUGGACAUGAUGCUGUUCUACCCAUGGAGUUGUCUAUCAGAUCAUUGCAUAUAGUGAUUCAAAAUGGUCUCACUUCUGGAGAAUAUAAUGAGGCAAUGAUUUUAGAGUUAGAAGAUCUUGAAGGCAUGCAAUUGACGGCCUUAGAUAAGCUGCAAAUGCAGAAAUUAAAAAUGGCUCGAGCAUAUAACAAACGGGUGAAAUCCAGAAGUUUGGCAGAAGGAGAUCUGGUAUGGAAAGUAAUUUUGCCACCUGGAAAGAAAGAUCCCAAAUUUGGGAAAUGGUCUCCAAAUUGGGAAAAACCAUUUCGUGUACAUAAAGUGCUUAAAGGGGGAGUAUACUGGCUUGAGUCAUUAAAUGGAGAGUUACAUCUUCGAAAAAUAAAUGGAAUCUACCUUAAGCCUUACUAUCCUAUGAUAUGGGAGGCUAGAAGUCUGGAUACCAUGAAUUCUACCUGAAUCAGAUUUUGAGGUAGGAAUUGUAUAGUAUUUUCCUUUCAUUUUAGCAUUUUUCAAUUCAAUAAUAGUGUUGAGCCGAA